AUGAGCUGCAUGAAACUUGAGAGCUUCUCUGAAAAUUCGGCCUACAACAUCGACUGGGUCUGGUCCUUCGAAUCGAACGUGCAUAUUGCCAACCACCGCGACUGGUUCACCAGCUUCUCGCCCAUCACCUCCGAGAUCAUUAGCGACAAUGGUAGCGCAGUGGUCGAGGGCAUUGGUUCUGUCGAGCUCGAAGUGAGAAAGCUCUAUGGGGAGGCAGCAAAACGGAACAAAGGUCCGAAGAACUCCAAGAUCACCCUACGGAACGUGUUAUACGUGCCAAGCUUCCCAUGCAACGUGAUGGGAAACUCGAUAAGAGAAGAUUACGAUGUUUCUAUUGGGGCAGAGCGGUGGUUGAUGGACAAGCGGACAGGUGCUGGGCUUGGGCUGCUGGACAAGACUAAAGCUGGGACGGUGAAGCUCAUGUUGAAGGGACAGGCGAAGGGCGACACAGGAUUGCCCGAUGACUUUCCGGAGAGGAUGAAAGCUGUGUGGACCGAUGAAGAGAUGCAGAAGUGGCAAGCUUCCAAGCAGAAGUGA